AACCACACCUCGUGGCCUUGCCUUCCCUACCCAUGUCAAAUAUGUAAGAAGGGAAGAGCAGUAAACUGUAUGUGAUUCUCAUUCAACUACUAAUCACAUCUCACACACCUGAAAACCAAGCUUAAACCAUGUCUUUCACCGGAAAGUCAUAUAGUAAAAUCCAAACAGCUUCCUCUAGAACAGUUUUGGAGGACAGCAAAAAAAAGACUUCAUUGUUGAAGGACAAUAGCUGGAUCAAGAAAAAUGUGGAUGAGGACGAGCCAGUUGAUCAGGUUGUUAAUUUCGGCAAAUCUGUUCUGAGUGUUACCAGAUCCAAAGAAAACAUUGCUAGUUCUACAGGUCCAACCAGCAAAACCGAGAGCAAAACCACCACAGUGUCUACAUCAGCUUCCUCUGUCCAAGCCCUCACUAAGAGAUUUGGUGGGAGCCAGGACAAGUUGGAUGAAACCAGCAGAACCACAACAACCAGAUCAACUGUAAGAACGCAACCUAAGAGCAGUACUUCAACAACGACAACAACAGUCAAGGAUGGUACAAAGGUUACUGAGACUGUCACCACAACCAGGAAAUCAUCCAGUAAAUUAGAAACAAUCCCUGCUAAAGACCUCUCUGAUAUUAAGACCAAGAGUUCUGGAGAAUACAAGUCUGAAGUCACUACUGUGAAAUCAUCAAAGGACACCACCGAUGGGCCAACCUCAACUGUCAAGUCCACCACAAGCACCAAGACCUACACAAAGGGUGAUGUUUCACCAGUUAAAACAACCUCAUACUCUCUUAAAUCCACGAAAAGCACUGAGGAUCAACUGUUUGAUACUCUUAUACCAACGUCAAUUAAGAAAACCAAUACAAAACCUAACAGCAGUGACUAUAUGUCUGAAGUCAUUACUGUUAAGUCAUCUACAAACACAGCUGUCGGACCAACCUCACCUGUCAAGACCACCACAAGUGACUACAAGUCUGAAGUCACUACUGUGAAGUCAUCAGUGAACACUAUUGAUGGACCAACCUCACCUGUCAUGACCACCAGCAGCAUCAAGACCUACUCAAAGGAAGAGGCAAACUCACCUGUCAAGACCACCACUAGGUACAUUAACCACUGUUUUGCUCACAGAUUGGCAACUAACCUGAAGAAAAGUAGCUUCUCUCCUAACCUCUCAACAAUAAUCUGUAGCAUCAAGACCUACACAAAGGAAGAUGUUUCACCAACUAAAACAACAUCCUACUCUGUCCAGUCCACAAAGAGUACUGAGGAUCAACUGUUUGACACACUCAUACCAACAUCAAUCAAGACAACCUACACAAAAUCUAACAGCAGUCAUGAGGAUCAGGAUAUUGCUGUAUCCAAAACCAUUCGGACAGUGUAUUCAUCAAAUGACCGACAUGAGUGGGAUAGUGUUACGAGUCCUUCUUACACUACCAGGACAUCAUACACAGAAACCAGGCCUACUGAUUACCUCUCUGACAAUAUUACAUCAAAAUCAUCUACAACAGUGUACACGUCACCUGAGAGGAAAGUCAGUGAGAGGGACCUUUGCACGUACUGCCGUAAAAACAUGUACACCGAUGAAAAGAUUAUACUGGAUGAUAUGAAUAUAAACUGCCACGCACGUUGUUUCAAGUGUAAUGUGUGCAACACCUCUCUUGGGCACCUGAAGGCAGGAGACAGCCUGUGGGUCUACCGCAAUGCUGUUCACUGUGAGGGCUGCUUUAAUGUCACUAAGGGCAAGUGGCACCGCUGAAUCUAUAUUUACGUUUUGGUUCAAGAUGGAUGGAAGAGAUGCACUGCUCUGCAUUACAACAACCUAUAUCAACACUUUCCCAUGGUUUUAAAUUUGAAAUUAAAUUUAUGUACUUUCAAAUUUUGAAAGUACAUAAAAUAUUUCUUGGUGGUGGUUUCUGUGAAAUAAUGGAAUUGAGGGUUUCAAAAAUGCAUUUAAAACUGUCAUUCCCUGGUGAUGUGACAUGUAUCUCAUCUAACUUGAAGGAUUAUAUAAGAAGGAUUUUUAUUUAUUUCUUGCUUUCAUUUGAUUAUUUUUUAUUGUUUAGAUCUUGUUAAGUGUCAUUCCAGAGUAUAAUUGGGUCAUACCUGUUAUGCAGUACUUUUUGAAUUCUUUCUUUCUUAAAAGAAAAAAAAUGAAUAUGCUUUUGUUCUAUUUACAAAAGUAUUUCUAAGAAAGGAAACCAGACUUUCAGAAAAAUGUUCUUGCAAAGCUCAGGUGUUCAAAUUAUUAAGAAAAUAUUUCUCUCAGGCAUACAGUACCAAAAUACCGCAGGUUGGAAAUAAAGAGCUAUGUUUUGUUGAGUAAAAUAAGAAAAAUGCACUUGUCCUACCUUGUAUGUAUUCUCCCUAAUAUAACCUCCCAUAGCUCCGGCUAAGGAAUACUAUAUACUAUGUUUAUUGCAUGAAAAUAUUUACCCAAACCUAUUAUAACCUUUUGAGUAGAAAUUCAUAUUUAAGUAUUAUUACAUUGAAUAUGAACAUUUUCUUCUAAGGAAAGAAAACACAGAAUGUUCUUGUUGUAGUAAUGUUUUAUGAUAUAAGAAAGGAGAAAUAAUGUAUUAGCAAGAAUGGCAUCUGUUACCCUGUUCAGCAGCAUUGCAGAAUUUCAUCACAUAAGGAGUUGUCUGUGACAGGCCAAGCAAAGGAGAAGGCAGCGUCGAAGAAUCUGAAGACGAUUAAUAAAGAAGCAGGUGGCAUUAUAUAGGCAAAUGAUAAAGGCGUUGACCAAUCUCAAGAUGACAUCAGAAGAGUGGGGGCUUGAGAAACUGUCUAUAAAAGACUGAGAUGAGAUGAUUUCAUUAGAUUCUGAUUCUUCGGAACAGUCUCUCCGGUGCUAGAUGCCUACUGGGUUGCCUUGAGCAUUAGAUUGAUAUUUGCAGACUUAUGCUUUCAUUUUCUUUUAUUUGUUACAAGUAUAUUAAUUGUAACCUUGACAAUUGUUAUUAAUAAAACCUAUAAAACUACAA